AUGGCGACCCUCGAACGACCUCGACCCGAGGCCACCACGGCCCCCUCGGACGCCUCGUUCGCCACCACGGCCGUCCCCUCGCCCUUCCCCGAGCAUGCCGCGAUCCGCUCCACCAGCGAGGGCUCGCGCGGGAGGACCAUGGUCCCCGGCCCGUCGCACCGCCAAGCCGUCGCCGACCAGGACGACAUGAGCGCCUCGCGCUCGCCCAACGGCAGCCGCAGCGGCCUCAGCCGCGUCGUCGGCCAGUUCAAGCGCGCCAUGAGCGCCAGCCGCGACCGCUCGGCCGGCGCAGCCGAGUCGCAGGACCGCGGACGCCGCACGAGCGUCGACACGGCCGUCCAGCACGACGAGCCGCGAGGCCGUUCCCCCCUCUCUGCCUUCCAGCCUCGCUCCGUCUCUCGCGGCCCGUCAACCCACUCGAUCCAGACCAACGCCGACGGCUCGUCGACCAUGUACCCGCUCUCCAAAUCGCAGACGCGCUCGUCGUCGCGCGGCCGUGCCCCGCCCGGCGGCAAGGUCUUCUCGACCGGGCGCGGCGGCGCCGGCAACCUGAUCGGCGUCGCGCGCGACGAGGACAUGUCCGAGUUCAACGGCGAGGAGGACGCCAACGUCGUGCGCGCCGUCAAGGAGGACCGCAGCCGGUCGCGCGAGCGCUCGGGCCGCCCAGAGGUCGGCACGACGGGGCGCGGCGGGCGCGGCAACAUCCGCAGCGCGAGUCGCGGCCGGGACCUCGAGCUCGGUCGCGUCCCGACCGUCCUUGAGGAGCAGGAGCGCGCCGCCAACGAGGACGAGGAGCUGCGGUACCAGGAGGUGUUGCGCAAGCGCGAGCGCGACGGGCCCGACCACUACGUCAGCUCGGGACGAGGCGGCGCGGGCAACAUUUUCAGCACGUUCCGGCGAGCCCCUUCGCAAUCUCGAUGACCCACCCUCCCAGCUUCGACCUCUCCCAUGGCCCGCGUCACAGCUCGCAGCCUACCGCCCCCCUCGCUGGGUCUGUACCACUCCUGUCUCCCGUCGUACCUUCGUUCCACCGUUGUCAUCAAUCCCCCUCGACGCUGCUCAACGCGGCCAAGUUUCCCCAGUC